CAAUGAAAACCGCGUUCCGUUUACUGAAGUGUCAACGAUUCAACGAUUGUGUCACCAUGCAUGCUAGUGUGUGUAUUGAAAAUGUGUAGAGAUAUACGUUCAGAAUGAUUAUGGAAGUUUUUAAAAGUUUUUUAAUUAUCAUAGUUGUUGUUCUAAGUUUUGGUGUGACAGUCGUUGCAGGACAGAAUGGUUUAUUAAGCGCCAGGUGUGCAGCAAGAUGCUUGACAGAGCACAAAGACAUGUUGAGAGGGGGUAAAGACAGAAACAGUCACAGAAAAUUCAUGAUAGACCACUGUAAGAAUAACGCCAAAUGUUUUGAGUGCAUGAAACCCUGUGUUAUGAGUGAUAGUAAAAAUGUUCAACAUAACUGUAUAAAAGAGAAUUGUCUGGAAAAUGAGUCUGAGUGUGAAAAUUCAUGUGAGUUUCUGUAUUAUACUAGUACCUAUAAGGCGGGGGAUUGUCCGAGACCUGAGACGGCUAUAGGGUUUGAAGCUGUGUGCCUGGCUUCCUGCAGGGUAGAUGGCGAUUGUGGAGAGCACACCAAAUGCUGUCCAAACCUGUGCGGAUACGUUUGUAGAACACCAGAUUAUACUAACCACAAUUUACCAGAAGUUCCCUCCAACUUUACUUGUGAAGAGCGUAGACAGGGGAGAGCACUCAAGUUGUCCUGGAUCUUGCCUUCAGUUAACAGAAAGGUUCCUGGCAUUGUGUUGUAUGUGCUGGAACACAGAAACACAACAAGCCUGAAACCAGUCUGGAAUGAUAAUACUCCAUGGAAAACUGCCUUUAUGACUUUGUCCAAACAAAUAUUAUUGAGAAAGAUUCAUGCUGGACAUUGGUACCAGUAUCGUGUUGCGGCAGUAACAUCUAGUGGAACUCAGGGAUAUUCUUCGCCAUCACCACCAUUUAAAUCAUCAAGACGUGUUCAGCGUCCAAUGCCACCACAAAACAUCACAGAAGGAGUGACUACUCUUCGUAAAGGCCAUGUUGAUCUUACAAUACACUGGGAGCCGCCAAAAUACUCAGACCUGCCAGUAUGGAAAUAUAUGAUCACAUGGGUAAAAAGGUUGUCCACAAUAAGUCCAGUUCUGUUAAAAAUUCCACUCUUUGAGAAAAGUGUUCAAGGUCACAUACAUGAGUUCAAACUGAGGAAGCUUGAGCCUGGAACCACCUACAAUAUAAAAAUUGAAGCAAUUGUACAGUACGGUAAUAGGCAGCUACGUAGCAGCAAAACAUCCAAAGAUAUUACUACUUACACACCACCAAAUGCUAAACCAGAUCUAACCUACAUAGAUGGCUCAUUUGCAACUUUAGUAGGUGAUAGUAGAACAUCAGACAAUCAAGAACAAGUAUAUUCAGUAUAUGCUGAGAUUAUUAGGGUAGAGAAACUAGAAGUUGUAGAUGGUAGACCAUAUUUUGACAGGGGCUCUCUUAAAGCCCGGCUUAAGUGGAAAGUUGGUGCAGAUUUCCAAAGUAUAGUUAAAAGUUUCAUGAUAUUCUGGACCCCAUAUUCAUGUGAUCAGGAUUUUGCCAUUCUAGAACCAUACUCGGCCACUUCAGAUGUUCCAGUAUUUGAAGUAUAUGACCUACAGUUUGAGUGCAAGUACAAUAUAAACGUCAGCGCUGUCACAAAAUCUGGUGUUCAGGGAAAACCUACAACAGUAAAACUAGUCACGCCAAUCUGUGAGAAAAUCAUUGUCAAGGGAAACAGUCUCCCUCCUGAAUGUCCAGAAAGAGUACCCAAAGUACCAGGAAGUCCAAGAAAGGUGCAACCAGUCACUAUAAAAAACAACUGUAGUAUUGAUAUAAGUAUAACCUGGAAACAUCCCAAAUCUGAUCUACCUAUAGAUUCUUACUUAGUGACAUACAGACAGUCGGACGAUUUCAAGGAGGUCAAAGUCAACACAGAUGGACUUGUGUAUAAACAAAAACCGUUUGAGAUUAGGCUAGGCAAGGUAACCAGUGUUCUGGUACCAGGCUUGAAGCCGUCAGAAGUAUAUUUGAUACAUGUACAUGCAGUGUCCGCUGCAGGAGUAGGGGAACCAGCAAUUAUAGAAAUUUUAACUCCACUAAUUCUUCCUUGUGGAUCAGAUAAAGAUCCAGAACCGCCUGACAGAAGUCAACAGAAGAAAACAACAGCUAGACCUUCUACAGUAUUUAUAGUAACACAGGGCAGUGAUGUCAUAAGGGAGGUCACUGAGGCAGUCACCAAAGCAACUACUACCAAAUAUAGAAAUUCUAUUUAUAGAAAAAAUCCGCAAUAUGAUAGUAACACAGAAAAAGUUAAUUUAGAUAUUUACAAGACUUUUUAUUAUUUAUCGAUAUUUAUAUAUAAAUUAUUGAAUAGUUCCUGACAUUGUAUAACUAAAUAAGAUUGUUAAUUUUGUUAAUUUUUUUUAACUUUGAAAUUUUCAAAUAUGCUUUAUUCCAUGUUUGUAUAUAAAUGAAUAAAUGGUUAUUUGGUUAUAAGAUUUGCUAUGAGGCCAUAAUGAAUUAAUUACUCAUUUAUUGUCUUUGUCCAACUCCCUAUUUUUCAUACUACCCAAACCCUUUUUACUUAAAAAAAAACAACAGACUAUUUUUUUAUUAUUAUUUUAUUACCUGUUAAUUUAGCAGACAUAAACAGUGUUUAUUAUUUCUACCUUGUCAUUUUUGUUUUGCUAUUUCUUACAGGAUACUCCCCCCCACCACACACACACAAAUAUCAUUACCCAUCCCUGUUUUAAAAGAAAAACUUGGACGAUAAUUAAGCUAGCAAUUAAUUCAUUAUGUCCUAAAACCUAGUUACUUGGAAACAUAGUAAAGGAUUUGUCCUGGUUGUGAGUGUUUGCAUAUUUUACACAUUAGUGAUAGUUUAAAAUGGUAAACUUUCUCAAACACUGGUGUUGUCAUGUCUCAGUUGACUCAAGAAAAUUUAUAUCUUGCCAAAUUAGUGUCUCAAUCUUUUUGUCUCAUAACAAUGAAUUUCAGUUUGCUGAUAUUUCAAAGAUACUCUUUCACUGAAGUGGCAUUGAUACUGUAAUUUUAAAUGGAACCUGUCUCAAGCUGUAAUUGUCUCAACCAAAUACUGUUAAAUCUGCCUCAUUAUUCCAGCUGUUGUUUAUAAGAAAAGUGGAGGAUACCCGAAAACAAAUAUUCACUUCUUGUAAAAUUGGUUGUUUUAAGGAUCUAAAAAGUGAAACAGGUCGUUUAUAUUUUGACUCAGCUGAACAUUUUAGAUCUAUAUUGCAAGCUUAUAUUUUAAGAAAUCAGUAUAACAAGAUUAAAGGUCAUAUAAAGUCACUGAACCAAAGCUGAUAAAACUGAAUUUGGAAACCAGUGUCAAAAACUCUAGGAUUUGAUUGGUAAAUUUUGUGUGACCAAUGAAAAAGCUGAUUUCUGAGACUGAUCACAGAACAAAAAUUUACAAACUUGGACCCAGUCUGAAAAAAUAUUUCAACUCUUGAAGAGUUUAUUGCGUAAAUGUUAUGCAUUCCAGAAUGCAUGGUGUAUGUGAGAGUGUGUUUAUUCAGUAAAUUGUCCGUCCAUAUAUAAUGGUGGGUUCAGAAUAUUUUAAAUGUUAUCAUUUUUGUGCCAAAUUAGAUAUUUAUUGUUAUAAAUGUUUUAAAGUUUUUCCCUCACUGUAUUAGGGCAACAAAAUUUUAUUUGUUGUUUCUUAAAACCUGAUCUAAAUAUAGAAGUAUAUUCCAUAUUUGUCUUAAAAAAUAUCAUGUACUAUAUUGUGAAAGAACUGGGUAUGACUGAGCAGGAUGUGAGGAUCCAAGACUGUCUUACCUCUGUAUAAUUAUGUUUAGUUUAAUGAGAUUGUGACAAAAGGCUUUACAAAUUAAUUUUUUUUAUACUUUUAACAUGUAUGAAACAUUCCAGAAUAAUACUAUUUACUGGGGCUAUCAUUACAUUUUACUUGGACUUUAUCAUAUACUCCCUGUCUAAAGAUUAAAACUUCAAAUUAAAAUGAAGUGUUACAUCAGUCUAAUAUUUAUAUGAAAUUUUGAAGUUUCUUACUUUAUCGAAUCAUUUAAGGACAUGUUUGGAUAAAAAAUUGAAUUAGAUUUCUGAAUUACUGUGACUUUGUUUAUAUAAUCAUUGUAAAAAUGCUCUGAUAUGUCCCCUAGAAUUCAUGAUGUCAUGUUAAAAUUAUGAAUACUUUAUUGUCAAAAUCAAUGGUAGGGACUUGAAGGGCUUCAAAGGUUUUAGCUUUGAAUCUCAGUCAGUGAAGAACGUACACAGUGUGUCAUUUGUCGAAUUCUUGGAUACAGUGUUAAUUGUAUGUCAGUGUUUCUGAACCUUGUGAUGACCUCAUUUAUGCUGUAGGGUGCUAUUUCAUCAGAUACAAACCGUUUGUUCAUAUUCAUUCAUCAAAUGGCAUUAUACAUGUAUAUAAUUUUGAUAGUUAUGGUAUUGUUGCCUAAGGUAUAUAUUUUUGUAUUGUUAUUAAAUAUGUUACUGCAUAAACACAAAAAAAUAAAAGUUAUUUUAAAACA